UGUGAGAGGGGAGGAGCCUGUUGCUGGUUCUUUAGAUAUGAAUUUGGCAUCAUGCUUUGCCUCUAAUGCUCGGCCUCCAGCAGAAGUGAUGUGGAGAUUAGGAGAUCUGAAUAACUCCCUCAGGACAAUAACCAAUCAUACAGUGAACCCAGAUGGGACAGUUACUGUUGUGUCCUACCUACUGGGGGCCCCAUUCAAACACUUAAAUAAGAAGAAUGUUCAGUGCAUGGUGAAACACGGCACUCUAAAAGAAGAACUUGUGCUGGACUACACAAUAAACAUCCAUUAUCCUCCUGAGUCCAUGGUUAUAAUUCCUGACAGUCCAACACAUGCUAAAGAAUUCAAGUGUAUAGUGGAUAGUAACCCAGAACCAACCAGCUACUCUUGGACAAGAGACAAUACUCUCUAUUAUGAAGGCAACAAGCUUCCUGUCCCAAAACGGUCCUCUGACUUUAAUGGCUUGUACAUCUGUAAUGCUUCAAACCAGUAUGGAAGUUCAUUAGGUUCUCUGUAUGUGAAUGUUCAUACUGAAUCCAGCACCGUCUGUUGGGGUCUGUUUGGUUUUGUCAGCUGCUUAGCUGUUCUUGCUGCUGUUGCUGGUGUGAUUUUCAAAUUCAAGCAGAAAUGGCUUCAAGUACCACAGCGUUCCAAUGAUGAAGAAGCACAGGACAGUGGAGCGCUCUAAACAAGACAGGUGAAUGGCUGUGAUGAUCAGGAUGAAAGUGG